GCUGACCAUUUCAAAACAAAAAUAUCUUUCAACCAACAAACAGAGAAAAAGCUCUCUCGCUAAAACCCUACCGCCGCGACCACCGACACCGAGAGACUCCGCCGCCGUUAAACCCACCUCCGUUAACCUUUCGACUUGAAUGACGAGGAGAGAACCUGAUGAUAAUCAAUGAGAUGGACUUAUCAGACGCAGUGAUUGUGAAAUCUAGUAAACUUAAAUCAGCUGUGUGGAACGAUUUCGACAAGGUGAGAAAAGGAGAGAUACACGUGGCAAUCUGCAGGCACUGCAAGAAACGUCUUAGCGGUUCGAGCGCGAGUGGGACUUCUCAUUUGAGGAACCAUUUGAUUAGAUGCAAGAGGAGAGCUAGUUCCAACGGUGUUGUUGCUGCUCCGCCGGGGAAGAAGAGAGUAGAAACACCACUUGAGUUAGCGAUUGUCGACCAGACAAAACAUGAACAUAAUGCUUCUGUAGUAAACUCCGGUUUGGAUCAGAGGAGGAGCCGGUUUGAUCUAGCUCGGAUGAUAAUCUUACACGGUUAUCCGUUAACAAUGGUCGAAGACGUUGGGUUCAGAGUGUUCCUUAGAAAUUUACAGCCGUUGUUUGAGCCUGUUGUGUUUGAGAGAGUUGAGUCUGAUUGUAUGGAGAUAUACGCUAAGGAGAAGCAUAAGAUCUUUGAAGACUUGGAUAAGUUACCUGGGAAGAUUGGUAUCAGCGUCGAUGUGUGGAACGGUGGUGCUUCAGAUGAUUCUGAUGAGUUCUUGUGUUUGGCUGCUCACUAUAUAGACGACACAUGGGAAUUGAGAAAGAGAGUUCUCAACUUCUUCAUGGUUGAUCCGUCUCAUACUGAUGUAAUGCUCGCUGAGGUUGUGAUAACAUGUUUGAUGGAAUGGGAUAUCGACAGGAAGCUCUUUUCUAUGGCGUCUAAUCGAACUCCUCCCUUUGGUGAAAACGUAGCUAACAAGAUCAGAGACAGGUUAUCGCAGAACAAGUUUCUUUACUGUAAUGGUCAGUUGUUUGACGUGAGUUGUGGAGUUUAUGUCAUUAACCAGAUGGCUCAAGAGUCUCUGCAAGCUUGUUUUGAGACGGUAGACAAGAUUCGAGAGAGCAUUCGGUGUGUCAAAAGCUCAGAGUUUAUUCAGGAGAGUUUCGAUGAAAGGGACCUAUGUAUCGAUGACUCAGCGCGGUGGGACACCACUUGUACCAUGCUGGAGAUUGCGUUAGAGCAAAAGAACGUGUUCUCACUCAUGAAACAACGUGAUCCUGAUUCUUGUGUCUCAUGUCCUUCUGAUUUGGAGUGGGAGAGGUUAGAAACAGUUGUUGGGUUCUUGAGAGUCUUUGUCGAAGUGACAAACACAUUCACAAAGAGCAGCAAUAGCUGCUUAACCGCAAACAUUUACUUUCCGGAGAUAUGCGACAUACACCUCCGGUUAAUCGAAUGGACCAAAAGCCCUGAUGGUUUCAUUAGUUCUUUAGCUGUAACCAUGAGGAAGAGGUUCGAGGAGUUCUGGAAUAGAAACCACCGGGUUCUAGCCAUUGCCACCAUAUUAGACCCACGGUUCAAAAUGAAGCUAGUGGAGUAUUACUACCCGUUGUUCUAUGACUCCAGUGCGUCAGAGUUUAUUGAAGAUAUCACAGAGUACAUCAAAGCGCUUUACAACGAGCAUUCUGUAGGAUCGCUGUUAGCAUCAUCAGACCAAGCGCUUGACUGGCAGGAGAAUCAUCAUCAUCAUCAUCAUCAGCAUGAAGAUAGACUCAGAGAAUUUGAUAAGUACAUUAACGAGACAACUACUUCACCAGGUCAAGACUCCAAAUCAGAUCUUGAGAAGUACCUAGAGGAGCCUCUGUUCCCACGGAACUCAGAUUUCGACAUACUCAACUGGUGGAAAGUUCACACAGCCAAGUACCCGAUCCUCUCCAUGGUGGCGCGUAAUGUGUUGGCAGUUCCUAUGUCGAAUGUAUCACCAGAGGAAGAUCCCUUUGAGAGUUCCCGAAAGAGAAGGAUUAGUGAAACCUGGUGCUCGCUUAGACCGAGUACUGUCCAGGCCUUGAUUUGUGCACAGGAUUGGAUCCGUAGUGAACUAGAAAGCUCUUGAAUCUCUCUGGAUUCAUCAUUUUUUUUGUUUAGAUCUCAGCUUCUCCAGCUUGUUUGUGUA